UUGCCAGGAGAGAAAAAGCUCUUGCAACAACCUUCCCCCUCUAGCUCAGCACCUCGGCGCUGGUCUGUAAACACCCUCUAAGCGCAGCUCCUGCUUUGUCUCCGGACCAGCCUCCCAACCUGCCCGGUGUAUAAGGGAGAACUUGGCAAUGGCCGGGCUAGUACGGUGGCGUCUGCUCCCAGCCCCCUGCAGCGCGCCCACGUGGGAGACUCGCCGCCAAAGAAGAACGAGCCCAAAGGACAGUGGCUACGUUCUGAGCCCGCCCCUUUAGGGGCGCGGCCUGGGAGAGCCCCGCCCCUCCAAGAAAGCCUGGCAUAGGAGUUCGGCCUGGGGGCGUGGGGAGAGGAGUUUUUAAAUUGCUGCUGCCGCUGAGUUGCGGGCGGACUGGAGCAGUCGCUGCACAGAGCCCGGCAUAGCACCAGGCGGUGACACCUGCCAGGGAUUAGCGAGGCAGCUGAUCUGGAAGUCACCCGGAGCGGCAUUGGCAGAGUCGCUUCAGUCCAGCUGUGUACAGCCAGCGUUGCCUUGAGCCGCGUAAGGGGUUGGUAAGAUGCUGAAGAGCUGCGGAAGGAAACUGCUCUUGUUCCUGGUCGGGUGCAUGUUCACCUGCCUCUUGGUCCUGAUGGCGGAUCAGCAGAAGCGGCAGGUGGAGGACCUGGGAGGAGAAGGGGGCCGGCGAGCUUUGCAGAGCUUGGCGAGCCCGGGCGAGCCGGAGGGCCUGCCCCGCCAGCCGCAGCGGCAGGAGGGCGAGCCCGGCUUGGCCCCCCGAGAAGUGAAGAGCUUCACCGAUUACUUCAGCAAGCUGAGCCGGGGCAGGCGGGAGGCGCAGGACGCCGGCAGCCUGGCCCCGCGCCGGGAGGGGACCCCGAGGCCGGCCCUGGAGGACAUCACCGCCCAGGAUGUCUUCAUCGCGGUGAAGACCACCAAGAAGUUCCACAAGGCCAGGCUGGAGCUGCUGCUGGACACCUGGAUCUCCCGGAACAGAGACUUGGUGAGUGGCGGGGCCGGGGCCAGUGGGGCGCGGGGGGGUUUGCAGCCUGCCUGCGGCCGGGGCUUGCUCUCCAGCCUUCGGGAGCAGCAGGGAGACGUGCCAGGCCGCGCUGGGAAGCACUAA